UAAAAUUAAAAUCUUGUUUUAACAGGAGGUAGGGCCAACAACUCCAAUGAAAGAAGGCUUGGCUUUGAGAUAACAUUUGACCAAAGAAAGAAGGGGUCCUCCAAUUCUUUAGGAAGCUAACUUGGAGGAAAAUUGAUCAUGGGCAAACAAGGCUUACCCAGCCUGGAAGCAGGAGGGGACACAGGGACCAUUCAGAUUAGGAGCAGAGGUCAGUUCUCAGAAAGUGUUCAGAACCACACGGGGAAUGAUAUUACCAGCACAGGUGUACAGCAUCAACACUUACUACAUUAUUUCCCUCAAAGUGUCAGCAGCCAGAUUUGCACUCUGGAUCAUCAGGAACUAAAGUCAGAGCAAUGCCCCCAAAGCCAAAUCCAGGACAUGGAGAUCCUGGAGCCAUUCCUGUUUGGCUUUCCACCGCAGAUGCAAAGCUGGGUGAGCAAAGGUGGGCCAGAGACCAAACCCCGGCAGGCCUUUGCUGCCUCCAUGUUGGUGCUCAGACCUCCAAGUACCAGUUGCAGGGGAAUAAUAGCAAGAAAGGGAAAACAGAAGGGUUUACAGAAGCAGGCAUUGAUUUUCCUGAAGUACAAAGACACCCAACAGAUGACAGACAGAAGAUCUUGCAAAGAAGAAUUGUCAAGGAGGAAGAAGGAGCUGCCUGCUCAUGGGACAUCCCUCAUCUUGGAGGAGGUGGCUGUGCAUUUCUCCGAGGAGGAGUGGGCACUGCUGGAGCCUGACCAGAAAGCUCUGCACAGAGAAGUCAUGGAGGAGAUCAGUGGGAUUGUGGCCUCUCUUGAAGGCAUUGAAAGGAGAACCAAGAAUAAAAAAGAACCACAUAUUUAUCAGAGAUUUCACUUAAGGAAGAAAGCCCACAAAUGCAUAAUAUGUGGAAACAGCUUCAGCCAGAGGGCAGAACUAAAUAGACAUCAAAUAACUCACACAGGGGAGCAACCGUAUAAAUGCUUGGAGUGCGGAAAAUGCUUCAAUCGGAAGGGGAACCUAGCCAUGCAUCAAAAGAUUCACAGAGGGGAGAGACCUUACAAAUGUUUAGAAUGUGGAAAAGGCUUCAGUUCAAAUUCCAACUUAGGUACCCAUCAAAGAAUUCACACAGGGGAGCGACCUUAUAAAUGCUUGGAGUGUGGAAAGUGCUUCAGUUCCAAGACCCACCUAAAUACCCAUCAAAGAACGCAUACAGGGGAGCGGCCAUAUAAGUGUUUGGAAUGUGGAAAGCGCUUCAGUUCAAACUCACAUUUAGGGAUCCAUCAACGAAGUCACACAGGAGAGAAACCAUAUAAAUGCUUGGAAUGUGGGAAAUGCUUCAGUUCCAACUCACACCUAGGCAGGCAUCAAAGAACUCACACACAGGAUGGACCACAUGAAUGCUUAGAGUGUGGGAAAUACUUCAGUUCAAAACCACACCUAAGUAAGCAUCAAAGAGCUCGCAUCAGAGGGGUGCCGUACAUCUGCCUAGAGUGUGGGAAAAGCUUCCUUUGCAAUUCUGCCCUCAUUGUGCAUAAAAGAAAUCACACAGGGGAGAAACCCUACAAAUGCUUGGAGUGUGGGAAGUGCUUCAUUUGUAAUACCCAGCUCAGCAUACAUGAACGAAUUCACACAGGGGAGAGACCCUAUAAAUGCUUGGAAUGUGGAAAGUCCUUUAGUUCAAAGGCGAAUCUCAACACACACGAAAGAACUCACACAGGAGAGAAGCCCUUUAAGUGCUUGGAGUGUGGAAAGUCCUUCAGUUCCAACACACAUCUCAGAAGACAUCAGAGGACUCACACAGGGGAGAGACCCUAUCAGUGCUCAGAAUGCGGAAUGCGAUUCAAUGUGAGCAGUUCCCUGACUUCCCAUUACAGAAUCCACACAGGGGAGAAACCUUAUGAAUGCUUAGAGUGCGGGAAAUGCUUUGCUCACAGUUCUGACCUGAUCACCCAUAAAAAAAUUCACACAGGAGAGAAGCCACAUAAGUGUUCGGAAUGUGGAAAGGGCUUCAUUACUGGGACAAAUCUUAGCAUACAUAAAAGAACUCACACAGGAGAGAGACCAUUUAAAUGCUUGGAGUGUGGAAAAUGCUUCAUCACAAAGGCAAAUCUUAGCACCCAUAAAAGAAUCCACACAGGAGAAAAACCGUUUGAAUGCUUGGAGUGUGGAAAGAGUUUUAGUCAGAGGAUAAAUCUAAUUUCUCAUCAAAAAACUCAUGCAGGGGAGAAAUAUGCAUGCUAGGAGUACAGAAAAGGCUCCUGAUUCAGGUACUAGUUUUUAACCUGAAUAAAUGAACUAACUCAAAUAAUAUGUAACUGAAGAUGGAGUCUCUUGUGUUGGACUGAAUAAAGUGUUUCUGUAUUGACAAUCUCAUUGUUGAAAAGCUAUUUUGAGAAAGUAUUUGGAAGAAAACAUACAUUUAGCAACAUGACAAAUAUCCAUAUCUGUGUUCAGUUAGAAUCCAUGUCCUGCCCAAAGAAAAUAAAGUUUAAUUAUUCAUGCUGCCAUUGAAUUCUUGGAAGAGGAAAGUUUGUGGUUGUUGAUGAUUUCCUUAAAAAAACAGAAACAAAUCAGUAUAAGCUACACAAGUUGACUCAUUAACCACGUACUGUACAUAUUCAUUAGAAAUACAGAACAGCUACCAAUUGUCAUCAUGGAUCCUAAUAAUUCUAUGAGAGGAUAAGAGGUACUGCUGAAAGCAGCUAUAGCUAUAUCUUGUGAGAUAGUGAAGGUCUAGGAUUGGCCUUAACACCUUAGUGUAAAGUAGUAAUGUCGCAUAGUUAGUGGAUAAGUUGGAAUGCUGUUAUCAUAAGCUAUCUAAAGCGUUAAACACAGAGCCUCAUUUUGGUUCAGCAAGACUUCAGUGAUGGUGGAGGACAGAACUACAAUCUUAAUCCAUGGCUGGUUAAAAAGUAUAUUUGGAGUGUUCCUCAGGAAUCUUCAUCAAACUGAAGGUGGUAUUGAUCUUCAGUUGUAGUUGCAGUAGCAUGCUUUAAGAUUCCUAGACUAAAUGUGAAUCAGCAGUGUCCAGUGUCUUGGGAAAAGGCAGAUGUAAUUCUAUAUUGUGGCAGGAGAAGUAUGGUUUCUAAAUCAAAAAUAUAUUAAUUCCACUAGACUCUAUGUUGGUCCCCACCAUCUUAAUCCUAGAUCCAGUUGUCUCAUAUUUUGAAGAGAUGUAUCAAAUUAGGUUGACUUGACAGAUUGAUAGGAAAGGUAAUUAAAGGACUGGGAACUUAGUUCUACAAGGAGAGAUCCAAGGAAGUCAUUGUGUUUACCUUUUGGAAGUGAAGACCAAGGGGAGAAAUAUUAACAGUAUUUUGGGGGAGAUGGGCGGCAUAGAAAUUUAAUAAAACAAAUAAAACAAUCUUCAGCUAUUCAAAGUAAAAGCACUCAGAAAAAAAUGUCAUACCUUGUCUUUUAUCCUAGAAUAGAGGAGAUGGAAUAAUAGUGCGGGAAGGUAGACAUUAAGAGCAGUUCAAUGCAUCUAAUUUUCUAGCACCUAAAUUCCUAUAGAUGAUUCAUAUCCUCAGUUAAGGUAGAAAUUUUUGUUGUCAUUGAGUUCAAUUCAU